UAAUUUGUUGAUUAGAGCGUACAGCUAAUGAAAGUCCAAAAUCCAGUAUCUCAAAAUAUUAGAAUAUUUACAUUUGAGUUUCAUUAAAUGACCAUCCCUACAGUAUAAAUUCCGGGUAUCUCUUGUUCUUUGAAACCACACUAAUGGGGAAGACUGCUGACUUGGCAAUGGUCCAGGAGACAAUCAUUGACACCCUCCACAAAAAGAGUAAGUCACAGAAGGUCAUUACUGAAUGGGGUGGCUGUUUACAGAGUGAUGUAUCAAAGCAUAUUAAAUGCAAAGUUGACUGGAAGGAAGAAAUUGGGUAGGCAAAGGUGCACAAGCAACAGGGAUGACCGCAAGCUUGAGAAUACUGUCAAGUAAAGCCGAUUCAAACACUUGGGAGAGCUUCACAAUGAGUAGAAUGAAGCCGGAGUCAGCGCAUCAAGAGUCACCACACUCAGACAUCUUCAGGAAAAGGACUACCAAGCCACUUCUGAACCAGAAACAACAUCAGAAGCAUCUUACCUGGGCUAAGGAGAAAAAGAACUGGACAGUGAACAGUGGUCGAAAAUCCUCUUUUCAGAUAAAAGUAAAUUUUGCAUUUCAUGUUGAAAUCAUGGUCCCAGAGUCUGAAGGAAGACUGGAGAGGCACAGAAUCCAAGCUGCUUGAAGUCUAGUGUGAAGUUUCUGAAGUCAGUAAUGAUUUGGGGGGGCGUGACGUCUGCUGGUGUUGGUCCAUUGUGUUUUAUCAAGUGCAAAGUCAAUGCAGCCAUCUUCCAGGAGAUUUUGGAGCACUUUAUGCUUCCAUCUGCUGACAAGCUUUAUGGAGAUGCUGAUUUCCUUUUCCAGCAGGACUUUAGCAUCUGCCCACAGUGCAAAAACCACUUCCAAGUGGUUUGCUGAGCAUGAUAUUACUGUGCUUUAUUGGCCAGCCAAUAUGCCUGACCUGAAUCUAUGGGAUAUUUUCAAGAGAAAGAUGAGAAACAGUCGAUCCAACAAUAUACAGAUGAUCUGAAGGCUCAAUAGUGCCUCAGCAGUGCCACAGGCUGAUCACUUCCAUGCCACACUUCACUGAUGCAGUAAUUUGUGCUAGGAGCAAGUCAUUUGCUGUAAUAUGUCCUGCCGAUCAAGUAUUGAGUGCACAAAAGAACAUACUUUAAAGAACUUGAACUUUUCUGUUUUGCAAAUCCAUUUUUUGAUUGAUCUUAGGAAAUAUUCUAAUAUUUUGAAAUACUGGAUUUUGGACUUUCAUGAGCUGUACGCUCUAAUCAUCAAAAUUUAAAAAAAAAAAAACUUUUGAAAUGUUUUACUUUACAUGUGGGGAAUCUAGAAUAUAUGAAAGUUUCAUUUUUAAAAAUAAUUUAUAAUAAAAAAAAUGAACUUUUUGAUGAUAUUCUAAUUAUAUGACCAGCACCUGUAUUUCUCUCAUAGUAAAUUACAUCCAAUAAAGAAAUUAAUAACCUUGGAGAGUUCUCCUGCAAGCUUCUAUCAAGACAAAAUGACGAUAUUUUAUUGGACUUUUGUGGGGGGAAAAAACGUAAAGCUUAAAAAACUGUGAGGAAUCAUUUUUUGCAACAACAACAACAACAGUAGUAGUAGUAGAAGACCUAGCAGUAGUAGUGAUAAUAAUAAUAAUAAUAAUAUGUAAUUGUUGCAAUAUGCUAUUAAUGGUAGCCUACUAGUACUUCAAUAUUUCGUGAAUUAAUAGAAAAGUCAUUCUUUAAUGAUGAGAAGCUUGACUUAUUCGCGCGAAUCAGUUCCGUUUCAAAUAACCAAUUAAAAAACGUUUCGAUGGUUUUUACGUCACAACUACGUCAUCGCGUGGUCCCUUGUAUGUAAAUGAUUCUUAAUAUUUCCUUUAGAUAUCCUGUGACUUUACAUACGAAUGUUUUUUUAUUCUAAUGUUCUCCUGAAGGUGUUUGUAUAUUUGAAUAAAAAAUAGUUUCUUGAAUAAAAAAAAAAUACCCCUUAGACCGUUUAUAAUUUUAUUAUUGUUGUUAAAUUCUGUUUUGAGUUGUAACUGUGUGUAUUUGCUCUUAUAUAUGUUCAAUAAAUAAAUAAAUAAAUACCGCUCAGACCGGUUUUUGUGAACGGGUUUCACAGAUUCAGUGAAAAGAUCCGACUCAAAAGAACGACUGGUUCACAAAUCGGACAUUGCUCGUUAAGGCCUGAGGUGGUGUGUGAGCUGCUAAAUAACGGUUGUCCGUUAUUGCUUAUGAACGUUUUAAUUUUCUCGUUUUAAUUUUCCAGAACUUUUCUACUUCACUAUCCACGUUUGGUUCAGGAAUACUUUAAUUUGAACGUCGUCACACAGUAGAGGUCUGAAGAAGGAUUAUUGCAUCAAUCGAGGCCUUCCACCUGUUUCUGUGCGAACUGAAGUGAUAAACACCACCGCAUAAGCAUGUUUAAAGGCAAAACCGCAUGGUUCUCCAGCAGUGUUGGACAGGGGGUAACCAGCUUCUGGGGAUAUAUCACAGUGAGGACUAUGUAAAUAACAGGGCAACAGUUUUCCACAGCAAUUUCCUGUCAGCAUGUAAACCUCGCCAGAGUGUAAAAUCUGUGCCUAUUGGCCACUAUGUGCUUCCCCCAGACUCCAUCCAGAAUGAAAUGAGAGUGGUAAUUGGAAGGUUUAUUUGGGAAAAGGAUGAACAGGUGAUGUGUGAAGAACAAUUAAAAACUGAAAUGUCUGAAGACAGUCUGUCUGAUGAGACUGAAGAUCAACCAGUGAGAGAGAAGAACAGCCAGGAUGAUUACCAGGCUGUUGCAUCACCGAACAAAGUGUGUUCAUGCUGUGAGAUGCGGCAAUAUCCUGUUAACAACAUGAUCUCAGGAUAUGCUCAUAUCGAUCAAAUGAAGAGGUAUUCAGGAGAACUUUAUGAUUUUCUUCCCUCCCUCCAUGGCCAUAAUGUUUCAAGAUCUAAUAAUGUGACACCUCCUUAUUGUCACAAAGAAAUGUAAUACUGUAUAUUGUGCCUCGUAUAAAUCCACUUCUCGUUGUUUCAUAUGUUUCACUGACAAAAGUAUUUAAUGCAACUGGGUGUUCAUUUUCAGUUUCUGCAUAUCUCAUAUGAAUCUGCUUCUUCAGUAAAUCACACUUUUCCCAGCAAUAUGAAAUCCAAUCCCUGUAUGUGAACAGAGGUGAUUUGAUAUGGGUUACAGAGAAUAGCAAUAGUAAUAUUAAAAGUACAUACUUGA